CUUUUCUAUCUCUUGUACUGUUUAUAUAUAUCGAUAUCUUCUUCUUCUUCUUUUUUUCUUCCCAAAGAAGUUAAAAUAAAAUGGCCUCAAGUUCUAUGAGCUCGAGUUCAUCUUGGACGUCUAAGCAAAACAAGAUGUUCGAGAGGGCUUUAGCCGUUUAUGACAAAGACACUCCCGACCGUUGGCAGAACGUCGCGAAAGCAGUCGGAAGUAAAUCUGUAGAGGAAGUCAAGCGUCACUACGACAUCCUUGUUGAAGAUCUCAUGAACAUCGAACAAGACUUGGUACCUUUGCCUAAAUACAAAACCGUCGCUGUUGGAAGUAAAUCAAGAGGCAUCAAUGAUUUUGAUUUGAGGUUGAUGAAGAAUAUGAGAAUCCAGUGAAAAAGUCUGUUACGUACGUUGAUGUGAAGACUGCUAUAGUAAAGAUUCAAAGGAAUAUGUUUCUUUUUGCUUACUGAUGAGUGUAUCGAUCCCUUUUCAUUGUGCUUCUUACUUCUUCUGUUUAAUCUUAUUUCACAUCAAUUAUGUAGCUAUUCUAUAUGGGUUUUUUCCUAUUUGAAUUA